ACCUUGAAAGCUGAAUUAGCAACGCUGAACAAAGAUUUACCUUGUGAAGUUGACAUUCCCGGUCUUUUGCCGAAGAAUAAAAAAGGAAAACUCCACAGACUUUGCAAGAUUGCAGUCAAUGAGGCCGCUGUUCUAAACUCGGCAGAGCGUGUUCCAUACUUGCUUCUUGUUGAAUAUCUUGCUGACGACAUUGACUUCAACCCGGAAUCGGCUCAUAACAAACUACUCUUGAACAAGUUAGAAGAUAACAAAGGAGCGAACGAUACCUUCAAGUUGAGUGAUAAAAAAUACAGAUUUGACCUAGCUUAUCCACAUGCUCCUUCGUCCUCUGUUUCGUUGAACUCUCUUGAUAUGAAAGCCAAUACCCCCUCCAGGGAUCAAUUUGUGGAAACUAGGGAGGCAGAGGAAUCUGACUUAGCUGACUUCUCGGUUGUGAGCUUGAGCAACAAAAUGGAUAAAUAUGCAUAUAAAUCAAAAAGGUCUGUGAAACCAAAGACAAGCAAUUUGAAGCUUGAACUAAGUUCUCCGUCCACUGAUGUGAUUGAAGAGAAAAUAAAAAAACUAGAACUUUCGUUCAAGUCUCAAUACGAGGGAGGGCUGGAUAACGAAAGUGAAUUGGCCAACCAGAUGAGGAUUGCUGCAGUGAUGCUUACUCAGUUAGAGUCACCUGCUUCCACAAUGCCAGUUUCACAAGCAGCUGAGAUUAAAGCUCGCAUUAUAGAUUCAAUGAAAGCAAUGCAACAUGGAUUUGGGGUGGAAGGCAUGAACGAAAUUCGCGGUGAAGCGGGUGAACGUAAACUUUCAAACGAUUUGAAAGUUGCCGGACUCAGCUACUUGGGAGAGGACUGGAAUAGCAAGAAAGCUCGAAUCAGGGCAGAGUCAAAGUACGGUCAUCUUGAAAACUGGGAUUUGUUUUCAGUGAUUGCCAAAACAGGGGAUGAUCUGACUCAGGAGGCUUUUGCAUGUCAGCUGAUCCACGCUAUGGCUCGCAUCUGGUACCGUGAUAACGUAAAAGUCUGGGUGAAAAGGAUGAAAAUUUUGGUCACUUCUUCCACCACGGGUUUGGUGGAAACCAUCACCAACGCUUUAUCGAUACAUUCCAUCAAAAAAUCUCUGACUCAGUACAUGUCAUUGAACAACGAAAACCCUCGUGGGGAGAUUGCGACUUUGAAAGACCAUUUUAUACGCAUGUUCGGUGACGAGAACAGUCCACGAUACAGGCUUGCUCAGGAGAACUUUUGCAUUUCACUUGCCGCGUAUUCUGUCAUCUGUUACAUUUUACAAAUCAAGGAUCGUCACAACGGUAACAUCAUGCUGGAUUCGGAAGGACACAUUAUACACAUUGACUUUGGCUAUCUCCUCUCCAAUUCUCCUGGGUCAGUUGGAUUUGAAGCCGCUCCUUUCAAGCUGACUAUGGAAUACGUUGAUCUUCUUGGAGGUGUGGACUCUUUCUACUUUCAGAAAUUCAGAGCUUUAAUGAAACAGGCGUUCAAGUCGCUCAGGAGAAAUGCUGACUCCCUAGUCAAUCUCGUGGAGCUCAUGCAGAAAGAUUCGACGCUUCCAUGUUUUAAAGCAGGCGUGAAUACUAGCAUUCAGCUGAGACAGCGUUUCCAGCUUCAUUUGAGCGACGAUGAGUUGGAUUUAUUCAUUGACAAUGUCUUGAUUAACAAGAGCUUGGGAAGUAUGUACACAAGGCUCUACGAUCAGUACCAGCUUCUGACCCAAGGUAUUUACAUAUAGAAA